GAGGGGAGUUUUUGAUCAUGUCCUGCCAGGCCAGGGUGUAGGGCACCUAGUCAGGGUGGCCGUCUGGUUCAUCCCUGAAGAUCACAGCCUUAACCUGUAAGAUAAUAGGUAGGUGGAAAGUUCCUUCUCGGGGCCAUCCCACGUGAAAGGUUGGCUAUUCUGACGCGCAGUAAGUUUGAAAUUUCCCUUUCUGUAUGUCUGUGCUCAGAUUGUGAGCCCUUUUCAUAAUGUCUGAGAAGUGAGAGAGCAUAAGGAACAAGGGUGUGGUUUGCGUCUGCCCCAUUAUGUCCCCUGUCCACACCAAGGCACAGACAGUUAUGACAGUUAAAAAAUAACACAGUCAAACACACAGUUAACAAGAACACAGUAACACAGACCAGCGCACAAACAGUUAACAAGAACACGGUAACAGAGACCAGCGUGCAGUUAACAAGAGCACAGUAACAGACAAACGUUCCAGUGCGGCCAAGGAGACAAAACAGAAAGCUACCCGAAGGGCUGGCAGCUGGCCCUCCUUACAGAUGAGGACAUCCAUCUUCCUUACGAAGACACCGUCCUUUUCACAGACGAGGACCCCGUACUCCUCACAGAUGAGGAUCUCAGUCCUCCUUACAGAUGAGGACCCCAUCCUCCCGGCGAGGGCAAGGAACAUCUCCUCAAGAUCCCCGGUCGACGGCCCGCCAGCGCUUCCACCUAAGCCAAUGCCGACCCAAUACAGAUUGGAAUUCCUACAGGCAAAACACCCGAUGGGCAGAGUCUCCUGUGAUGGAAACAGAAACUAUCCAAGGAAAGGGACUGCUGACAUUCAGGGAUGUGGCCGUAGAAUUCUCUCCGGAGGAGUGGAGAUGUCUGAACCAUACUCAGCGGGAAUUAUACAGAGAUGUGAUGUUAGAGAACUAUGGACACCUCCUCUUCGUGGGUCUAAUUGUAUCAAAGCCAGAUUUGGUCUCCUUUUUGGAGCAAAGGAAGGAACCUUGGGAUCUGAAGACAAAGAAGACAGUAGCCAUCCAUCCAGCUGUAUCUUCACAUGACACCCCAAGCUUCCUGUCAGAGCUGUGCAAAGAAGCUUCAUUUCCAAAUGUGUCAGUGGGUCCAUAUAAACAUAGUGUCCUUGAGAAGUUACACUUAAUGAUAGACUGGGACAAUGAUCAUAAAGGAUAUAUCCAAAUUGAGGCUACUGCCCAUAAUAAGAAUCUCACUGCCCCACAUGGUGAAGGAUAUAAAACAUUGUGUAAAACCUUUCUUUUUAAGGCCACUAGUUCUAUAAAGCAGAGUGUUUCUGUAGGCAACAGCUCAAAUCAAAUAUUCAAAGAUACAUAUUUAUGGAAAGAUAAUGUAGAAAAUCUAGAAAGUUACCAUGCUGAAGAUAAUAAUUUGAACAAUCUGGAAAAUAGGAUUAGACCGACCUUUCAGUCAAAUAUGUCUAAACAUCAGAGAUUUAUAGAUGAAGAAGCAACUGCUAGGUGGUUUCAGUUUGAGAGGUCCUUCACCAAGGACUCAACCCUACAAAAUUACCAGACCAUUUUCAGUGAAGACAGACUUGCUCAAGGCAGUGAAUCUGAGGAAAAAUGUAAUCAAGGCUCAAAUGUUGAUAAACAUCUGAGGACUCAUUCUCCAGAGACCCAUUCUGAAUGUAAUACAUGGGGGGACGUCUUUCAUCAAAGAGCCAACCUUGUAUAUAACAGUAUGCAUAGGAGAGAGAAUCCUUAUAAAUAUAAUGAUUGUGAAAAUGAUCUUAACCACUCCACCGGUGUUGGUGAUCAUCAGACAAUUCAUGGGAGAAAAAACCCAUGCACAUACACUAAACCUGGGAACCUGUUGAGUCAGUCAUCAAGAAUACGCAUACGUAAGACCGUGUGUAGUAGAGAGAAACCUUACAAAUGUAUAGAAUGUGGCAAGGCCUUUAAUUACCACUCAAGCUUUAGUCAACAUCACAGGAUUCAUACUGGAGAGAAACCUUAUGAAUGUAAACAAUGUGGCAAGGCCUUUAACUUGCAAUCAAACCUUACUAAACAUCAUAAAAUUCAUACUGGAGAGAAACCUUACAAAUGUAAAGAAUGUGGCAAAGUCUUUAACCAGCAAUCAAACCUUACUCGACAUCACAAAAUUCAUACUAGAGAGAAAUCGUAUAAAUGUAAAGAACGUGGCAAGGCCUUUAUACAUCAAUCAAGCCUUACUCAGCAUCACAGAAUGCAUACUGGAGAGAAACCUUAUAAAUAUAAAGAACGUGGCAAGGCUUUUAUCCGUCAGUCAAACGUUACUCAACAUCACAGAAUUAAUACAGGAGAGAAACCGUAUAAAUGUAAAGAAUGUGGCAAAGCCUUUAUCCAUCAAUCAAGCUUUACUCAACAUCACAGAAUUCAUACAGGAGAGAAACCUUAUAAAUGUAAAGAAUGUGGCAAGACCUUUAACCACCAAUCAAACCUUAUUCGACAUCACAAAUUACAUACUGGAGAGAAACCUUAUAAAUGUAAAGAAUGUGGCAAAGCCUUUAUACAUCAAUCAAGCUUUAAUCAACAUCACAGAAUCCAUACAGGAGAGAAACCUUAUAAAUGUAAAGAAUGUGGCAAGGCCUUUAUCCAUCAAUCCAGUUUUACUCAACAUCACAAAAUUCAUACUGGAGAGAAACCUUAUGAAUGUAAAGAAUGUGGCAAGGCAUUUAUCCAUCAGUCAGGCCUUACUCAACAUCACAGAAUUCAUACUAGAGAGAAAGCUUAUAAAUGUAAGGAAUGUGGCAAAGCUUUUAACCAUCACUUAAACCUUAGUAAACAUCACAGAAUCCAUACUGGAGAGAAACCUUAUAAAUGUAAAGAAUGUGGCAAGACCUUUAACCACCAGUCAAGCUUUACUCAACAUCACAGAAUUCAUACUGGAGAGAAACCUUAUAAAUGUAAGGAAUGUGGCAAAGCCUUUAUCCAUCAAUCAAGCUUUACUCAACAUCACAGAAUUCAUACAGGAGAGAAACCUUAUGAAUGUAAAGAAUGUGGGAAGGCCUUUAUCCAUCAAUCAAACUUUACUCAGCAUCUCAAAAUUCAUACAGGAGAGAAACCUUACCAAUGUAAACAAUGUGGCAAGGCUUUUAACCAGCAAUCAAACCUUACUCAGCAUCACAAAAUUCAUACUGGAGAGAAACCUUACAAUUGUAAGGAAUGUGGCAAAGCCUUUAACCACCACUCAAGCCUUACUCAACAUCAGAGAAUUCAUACUGGAGAGAAACCUUAUAAAUGUAAGGAAUGUGCUAAGGCCUUUAAGCAGCACUCACACCUUACUCGACAUCAUAUAAUUCAUACUGGAGAGAAACCUUAUAAAUGUAAAGAAUGUGGGAAGGCCUUUAUCCAUCAUUCAGGCCUUACUCAGCAUCACAGAAUGCAUACUGGUGAUAAACCUUAUAAAUGUAAAGAAUGUGGGAAGGCCUUUAUCCAUCAAUCAAGCUUUACUCGACAUCACAGGAUUCAUACCUGAGCAGUUUUUCCAAUUUAAGAGAGAAUUUGUAAGAACUGUUGAAUCCUAACUCUACAUCAGAGCAUUCAUGUCGGAGAAUAACUAAUACAUGUGUAAAGAAUGUGACAAGACCCUUAAGCAAUGUUACACCUUAUUAGAGGAUUCCUUAUUAGAGGAAUGGAUAGUGGAAGUGAUUUUUAUAAAUAUAAACAUUAGGGCAGCCCAGGUGGCUCAGCGGUUUAGCGCUGCCUUCAGCCCAGAGUGUGAUCCUGAAGACCCAGGAUCGAAUACCACGUCAGGCUCCCUGCAUCGAGCCUUCUUCUCCUUCUGCCUGUGUCUCUGCCUCUCUCUCUCCUCUCUCUGUUUCUCAUGAAUAAAUAAAUAAAAUCUUUAAAAAAUAAAAAAACAUUCACAAGCCCUUUAAUAUUGCUCAAGCCUCUCUCAUAAUUAUAGAAUUCAUACUAGAGAAAUAUUAUAACUGUAAAGAAUGUGGUAAAGGUUUCAGGAUGUUCAACCGUCACUCAGCAUCACUGAGUUCAUACUGAGGAAAAAUAAUAGAAAAUUGAACGAAUCAAACUGCUAGCUGGAAGUCAUAACUUGCUUCAUAUUACAGUUAUCAUACAAAAACAAAAUUGAAAUGGGAAGAAAGUGGCCAAAUCUUUAACUGGAAUCCAAUCCUUACUCAGUAUCCCAAAACACAAUCUUGGUUCAAAGUGUAGCAACAUAAUGAAAGAGGAGAGUAUGUUAUACCUUAGGAAACCUCACAGUUCAGAGAAGAAAAGUAACUUGAAAGGUAAAAAUAAAAAUGUUUUUAAUUGAAUAUAAAAUGUCAAUAAAUGUCACAAUUCAUAGUACAAAGCAGUUUAUCUGUCACUCUAUUCAGACAUCACAUUAAAAAGGGACUAAUACAAAGUUAGACCAUGUUUAUGCAAUCAUGUGUUAAAAGAGAAGGGAUGGAUUUUUGCGUGGGUAUAUUGCCAUGUGUUUUUCUUUCUUUCUUUUUCUUUCUUUCUUUCUUUCUUUCUUUCUUUCUUUCUUUCUUUCUUUCUUUCUUUCUUUCUUUC